CACAACGUCUCCCUCCCGCGUGCCUCUGUAGUGCAUUAUGAGAUGCAUAUAACCUCACAAAACGUGCAGUUUUUUGCAAAUCAGUGCUCUUUAUUAUUUGUUACUCGCGGCAGCCCAUGCACCGGGCGCCGCUGCAUCGCGGGUACGCCAUUGUCGGCUCGAAGUUGCUUGUAGCGGAGUUUCACCCGUCCCUGCCUUCGCUGAAGACGUCGUCCGCUUGACAGGUGGAGCGGCUGCUCCCAGCGUCGCCCGAUGGCGUCGGGCGAGGAGAUGAUGUCCGCUUCGCCUGGGCCGCAGUCCCAAGGCGGUCCGCCUCCUCAACAGGGCGGCCCGCACCCCGGGGACGGUCACAUGCAGCAGGGAUACCCUUCCGACAACAUUCACAUGCUGCAAAGGGCCAUCAACAACAUGGAAUCGGAGAAAGGCAUGGCCCCGGAUGACCCCCGCUACCCCCAGAUGCUGGGAAUGGGUGGUGGUCGAGGGGGCAAGACGCCGGGAAGCGCUGCUGGAAGCAGUGGUGGCAGCUCUGGGGUGCCCAGCCCCAUCAUGGGACCCCCUCCCAUCCCGCCCCAGGGUGCGGCACCUAUGGGAGGACCACCUCCCCAUGACGGACCGCCGCCACCGCACCACGGAUAUGGACCGCCGCCGCCUCAAGGACCCCCACCGCCACAGCACAUGGGGCCAGGUCCAGGACCGCACGGUUAUGGCAUGGGACCCCAACAGACUGGUGCCUACGGAGGGGGUGGCGGCCCCUACCAGCAACAGCCGUACCCUCCUCCACAACAGGGAGCAGGGGCAGCUGCCAGCACAGCUUCCCUCACCAGCCAGGCCCACAUCCGCACCAUCCACCAGUAGCGUCGGAGCCUCCCGACCCAGCAGCACAGGGUUACGGCAGUGGAGGAGGGCCUGGCAGCGGGGGCCCGCCUUCCAACGGGUCUGCAGGCAAUGCUCUUCCGGGCGCCGAGGGCAGCGGCACUCCCGGCAGCGCCGGCUCAAAAACAUCGCUCCUAAACAAUCCCCAGUUGACCCAGUUGCGGGCCCAGAUCAUGGCGUACAAGCUCCUGGCACGCAACCAGCCCGUGCCGGACCACAUCAGCAUGGCUGUCCUUGGCACAGGCUCCUCCCAAGGCACCCCUCAGGGCUCGCCUCAGCCAGGACCACCGUACAUGCACAGGCCACCAGG